AAGUCUCCGUUGCACGUGGGGGUAGAGGGACGGCCGCUGCAAUGUAUAGAGAGGGAAUAUCGUGUUACUCUGCGUUCAUGGUUAUAACAUCAGUAUACUCGGGGCGGCUGCCAGCGAGCUAUGAGAGAGAAGAGAGGCCCAAAGAUGAAGGCCCGACCCCCAUCAACGUCUCCAUGGUGUUCACGUCACUGAAUUACUUCGAUGUUUCCAAAGCGGCGUUAUCUACAACCUUUCAUCUUCACAUGAGUUGGGCUGACACGCGUUUGAGUGUGAAUGGUACGGACGAUCACAGGGUGUUUUACGCCAAUCAAGUCUGGACUCCGCCUCUGGUCGUCAACAAUGCGAAUGGUGGAUCCGCAAAUGUUCUUCAAGAUGACAGUGCUCCGCUCAAGGUGUUAAAGGACGGUACAGUGAUAUGGAUCCCACGGGUCGCCCCAAGAACAGCAUGUGGGUUCGACAUUCGGUAUUUCCCAUACGAUAUUCAGAUCUGUUAUGUGGAAAUCGGAAGUUGGGUCCACCCAACGACAGAUGUCACUUUGAGAAGUGUGAAGUCCCAGGGCAAGACUAUAUCGCUGGCUCUGUACGCAGGAGAGAGGCAGUGGGGCAUCAUGGAGAAAUAUUUGUCAGUGAAGACGCAUAGUGUGGCCGGUGGCUUUGGAUUCAACUACUCAAGUCUGACUUACACUUUUGUGUUUCAGCGCCAGACGCCCUUCUAUACCUUACUGAUGCUGGUGCCAUUCUGUUUCCUCUCCUUCCUCUUGAGUGGAGUGUUUCUAAUACCAUUCACAAGAGCGGACAAACUGUUGUAUUCGCUGGCAAUGCUGGUAUCUCUCAGCAUAUUUAUGGUCCUUCUUUUUAGCAUCCUGCCUCCGGUUACAAGUUCCGAUAACUUCCAUUUGGGGAAUUAUAUGGUGUCAGUCGUUACCCAUGGACUUAGUGUCAUUGUGCUGAGCGUCGUUCUGCUGUGUGUCCACAAAUACAAGGAGGCCACAGAGGAGAAGGGCAAGACUUGCAGCUGCACGUCCUUACCAGCUAUUGACUUAGUCAUGAGUGCCGUGUCGGUAGUGGUCAACAUUGUCUUAGUGGCAGUAUACAGUACGAGACUUGGAGAAGCGGAUUCCGUGCUGUCACAACUUCAGAACCCCUAGAGCAAUAGUUAGUCGACCAUUGAAAGGCAAUGGAAUAUGUCCAUUGUCGAUCUGUGAACAUACACUGUGUGGCAAGGAUAGUGAUACAUCUGGAUGGAUGGAGGUGGCGAGACGUGGAAAUGAGCUGAUCACAGACCCCUGCAAAGAAGAACAAGAUUUGAGUUGCUCUUUUGUUCCAAAGACAUGAUGGCACGGAUGUUUACGUUUUAUUGAACUCUAAGCUUUGCUCUGCUUUGAGUGCAUUCAUAUCUCUGUGAUUUGUGUAAAUAUUAUCAAAGGUGUCAGAACAUCCAAAUGUGACGGAUCGUAACACAAGCGUCAUGUAACGUGUUGAUUAAUUAGGAGAUAAACCUACUGUGUUUUGAAAUUUGAUGUAGUCCCAGUGUAGAGUAGAUACCUCUUAUUUAUACGUUUCAAACCUAGCGCUAGAGCCCUCGGUUCCACAUUAAAAUAAGACUGCGGUAUCUACUCUACUGGGGACUACAUUAAAUUUCAAGACACAGUAGGUUUAUCUCCAUUCUACCAUGAAUGCAACAACGCUGUGAAAAAGGUGCUUUCUUGCAACGCGUAACAACACAGGGUACAAAGGUCUGCAAUCUUAGAACAUUCUGAAAAGUGGUCACAGGUAGUAAUAUAUGUAACAAAUAUAACUAAAGUUCAACAUUAAAAUACCCAUAAUCUUGAGUAGUUCAAACUAAGUGUUCAAAACACAUAGUAUUUCAAAAGGAAGUUGACAAAUAAACCUCCAAACAUAGUCCAGAGAUAGAUGUUUUAAUAUCAUAACAACCUGCCGUGUAGUUUGGACUCACCAAGUCAUUUCUUGGAAAUCUGCGCGAGACGUCAUUUCUUGGAAAUCGAAUAUGCCAUGUCCAGUGUAGGGGUGACAGGUUGUAGAAAUGCAAACGAACAUAUUUCUCUAACAAACUUUCUGAAUUAACAUUCUACUAUUUAUUUUACAUGUGUAAGUCUUAUUAGUUAGCCAGUAAUUACCACCAGUAAAUAAUUAAAAAAUAAUCAAAAUAAAUGUGUCUCGACCCCGAACUUGACCUAACUCACGGUUACUCACACCUCAUAACUGUCAAUGGCUGACAAUGUUGUUGUUUACCUAAACCUCAGACAAGAUACACAAAGCAAGAUGACAAGCCCGAUCUAUGAUGUGGUUCAACAUUAACAUGUAUAUUUACUCUAUGAGCCAUUGAGAAUUGUUUUCAUGGAGUUUCCAAGGGAGGAUUGUUUUUUGAUGGACUUUAAAAUCCCCACCUACCAAGUCCGUGGUUGUCGAGGAUGACAAUGAAUAUGUUGUCUAAAUAAAGCUUCUUCACACACAUUUUUAUAAUGUUAUAUUUUACUUUCAUUGUCGGUUGUUUCAAUGACGAAAUUGCCUGUUCCGAGUCUGUUCGCCACCAAACAUGUCCCUAGCAGUUUCAUAAACAUUUCAUUUGUAUGGAAGAGAUAUGCCUUCGUAAAGUCUUGUAAUCUCAUCAUCGAGGCAGUCAGGGUUACGGCCUAGAA